UCAAGGGGGUUAGCGACAGCUGUGCCCGGUCUGUUUACGUGCAUCUGGUGUCGAGGGUAAGCUACAAGGCGCCGGAACUCGGCCAGCGCCCUGCAACAGCUGCGCCCGUUUACGAUUCUCUCUGGCCAGCGGGAAAACAAAGACGCCCCACUAUUCUUUUGUUUCUUUUCAACGCCCCGACAAUGUAGGCAAGAUCAAUAGCGAACAACAGUCAUCGCGUCAACGGAUAUCCCGUAUAGAUCAACCAUGCCCUCACGCUCAUCGGUUUACAACGCACGUCUGAGGCCUCCAGGAAGGACUGAGCGUCAUCGAGAAAGAGCGUGCUGAAAAUUCAGACCAGCAUGGCGAUGAUCAAACGAACCUGCUCCCUUCUACUGGCUGUGGUGUGGGCAAGCCUAUUGCUCCGCACCGGCUACACCACUUCAAUGUUGGUGGGUGGUUGGACAGAACAGAACCCACAAGCGGACCCCAAGUUCCUCAAGUUUGCUCACUACGCGGUCUCCACUCAAACUGCGGACCGAGAGGUGUUCGACACCGUUGUCGAGCUUACUAAUGUCGCCACCCAGGUUGUUUCAGGUGUGAACUACAACUUGACAUUCACUACGGCACCGACCAACUGCAAGAUUGGUCAAGUUCAAUAUUCGGUAGAGCAAUGUGUUCCAGCCGGCCCGGUGAACAAGAAGUGUUCAGCAAUCGUCUACGACAUUCCUUGGACGAAUACUACUGACGUUACCAGCUAUACGUGCUCCAACAUUGCUCAAUGAGCCCACACUAACUUUUUUUCUUCGCUUGUGACACGUGACAUGACGCCUAAACUGGAACAAACGUUGAACGGAACAAAUAUUUUCCUGUGGUCCUCCAUGACGUGCGACCCCUCACUGAACGGAACAAUAAUAAAGCCGAACAAGUCGUUUUCGA